AUGGCUGCUGCUCGGCGUCUCUUCAUGCCAGCGGAAUGGACAAGACACUCCAGAACGCUAAUGGCCAUACCUGGCCUGGCUUCACAAACCUGGAACAAGACAUUGCCCAAAGCAAUCGAAGAAGUGACAAACGUUGCCAAGGCAGUAUCUCUAUUUGAGCCGGUCACUCUUCUCACAGGCUCUGCUCAAGUCGCCAGUACUCAGAAAAGCGUUCAAGACUGUGGGCGCUACGGUAUUGAUGUUGUCUCCUUGGACACGGAUGGGUCCGACUCCGACCUGGACCCAUGGAUGCGAGAUAUCGCCCCGACAUUCGUUUUCGGUAACCCCAGAAAGAAGCAUGCUUUUACAAACAACGUCGAUUCUGUUAACCCCUCUCAACUUGAAUCCCGAGUCUUCGGUGUCGAUUAUAACUUCAAUGGCUGGGGAGCGAAAUACCCUACCUCCAGUAAUACUUCAUUGGCUCGAGUAGUUCUGGAAAGAAUGAAGGUACCUCGGAUCAAAGCCCCAGUCGUGGCUGAAGGCGGUGCGUUGGAAGUUGACGGUCAAGGCACCCUGCUGGCCACAGAAAGUUCUCUUGUGAAUGCCAAUAGAAACCCUGGAAAAGAUCGCAGAACGGUCGAAGAGGGUCUGCAAGAAACCUUGGGCGUGUCAAAAGUAAUAUGGCUGCCAGGCGCUUCAGGAGCAGAUGUUACUGACUGCCAUAUUGAUGCGCUAGCACGUUUUGCUGAACCUGGCGUGAUAUUGCUGAGCAAGCCUGCAUCAUCACGUGCAUCGGUUUGGUCAAAAGUGUACGAGGAGGCGCGUAGAGUUCUUUCGAAUGCUCGAGAUGCUCAUGGCAGAAGCUUUCGGCUUGUGGAUGUACACGAACCAGAUGUGACCGGUAUUGAUGUUACAGAUGGAGAGAUGGUCGCGAGCUACGUCAACUACUAUCUCGUGAACAACCAAGGGCUGAUAGUUCCCAAGUUUGGGGUCUUAGACUACGAUGCUCUUGCCGCUAAGACUCUGAGCGCAGCGUUCCCCACAAGACACAUUGUACAGGUAGAAAUUCGGGAAUUAGCGUUUGCUGGAGGCGGUAUUCAUUGUAUCACACAGCAAAUUCCAGAUCCUUUGACUUGA